AUGGCGGCGAGAAUGGCGGCGGCUCGCGGUGCCGCAAUCCUAACUCGGCUAUCGGCUCCUAGAUCAGCGGUUUCUUCAGCUCAGGCUUCCGCUCUAGUCCAGCGCCGUGGGCUCGCCGGCGGCGGUGAUCACCACGGCCCCCCAAAAGUAAAUAUCUGGGAAGAUCCACUGAGCCCGUCAAAGUGGAAGGAAGAGCACAAAGUUGGAGAAGGAGCACACUAA